GGCCGCGCUGCCAUCGGCGGAAGUGUCGCUGCCCCAGUUCCGGCGGACGGGUCGCGCCGCCGGGACGGCAGCGGGCAUGGCGCUGUGGCUGCCGCGCUCCCGGGACGGCGGCGCCCCGGAGGAAGAGGACGAGGAGGGGACGCAGGCUGCCGCCUUCCGUCAGCGCUUGCCGGAGGUGCAGACAUACAGCCAAGGGAUUGAAUUAGCCUGCCAAAAAGAAAGAGAGUUUGUGAAGCACUCUGUAGAAUGCACAUGGAACCUAGCAGAAGCCCAGCAAAAAUUUGGUAGUUUAGCACUGCAUAAUUCAGAAUCCUGUGAUCAGGAAUCUGCUCAAGCAAGGACAGAAGCUGCUGAGUUGAGAUGGAGAGAGGAAGAGUGGAGAAGAAAAGAAGAAGCACUGAACCAGAGGGAACGACAGAACCUAUGGAACACCGAUCCUGUUAGUAAAGAAGUUUUUAAUAAGAGUUUUAUUAAUCAAAAAAGAAAAGAAAUUGAAGAUGAAGCUGUGUCUGAACCACUUAUGCAAAAACAUGAACAAAAGAUUAGACACUUUGGCAUGCUGAGUAGAUGGGAUGAUAGUCAAAGGUUUUUGUCUGAUCACCCAUACCUUGUAUGUGAAGAAACAUCUAGGUAUCUCAUGUUGUGGUGUUUUCAUCUAGAAGCUGAACAGAAAAGAGCUCUGAUGGAACAAGUAGCACACCAAGCAGUUGUAAUGCAGUUUAUUAUAGAAAUUGCCAGAAGCUGCAAUGUGGAUCCAAGAGGAUGUUUUCGUCUCUUUUUCCAGAAAGCCAAAACAGGAGAAGGCUACUUUGAGGCCUUUAAAAAUGAACUUGAGGCAUUCAAGACGAGAGUGAGAAUCUGGUCACAAUCACAUGGCUUUCAAACUAUGUUACUCCAUGAUCUUAGUGUCAGUCCUGGUUGCAUGGGAGAGUGGACAUCUUUUUUACAGAGCACAGGAGAUCUACAAGGUUCCAUAAACACAGAUGUCUGCAGUUUCAACUCUGUGAUACAAAGAGAUGAAGAAGAAUCCAAGAUGAUGGACACAUUAUAGUACUUUUAAGACUGAGGCCAAGUACUCUCUUAUUUCCCCCCCCCCUUUUUUUUUUUUCCCCAAAGAAACAAACAUUGCUAUUUUCUUGACACUUAUUUUUCUGGGUACUGCACUUUAUUUUUCGUGUCAGAUUUUUGUUGUUUUUUUGUUUGACCGCGGGGGAGGGACUUUGAAGGGUGGGUAAUUAAGAAAAAACUUGUAAUAUUGUUUGAAAUGUGCUGCUAGGUUUUCAGUUGUCGUUGAAGAGCAGGGUUCUUAUAUUGCCGAAUGUGAAACUGGAUGUGUUUUCUGCUAUUAACCUUGCCUUUCAUGACUUUAGAAAUUAAACAUCUGCACAAAUACAAUGUUUACAAGAAGCAGCAGAUUCUUGGUAGAAUCUGCUAUUGUCUUACUACAGAUGUGGAUAUGUUUUACUCUGAAUAUUGGAGAUUGCAGCUGUAUUCAUGCUACCUUGCUGACAGUAUAAGCUCUCAAAUUUGGUUAUCACUAAUAGCAAUAAAUCAGUAUCUGGUAUCAGUA